AUGGCCAGCCAAGCAGGGUCUGAAGGAGGUGAGAGCGCUGAGGGGCGCUCUGCAGUCCAGCGUCUCCUUGAGCAUUCGCUGGAGGGCCCUUCGCCGCAGAUCGGCGAACUUCGGAUCGAGGACGCGACAGGGCCGACCCUGUCUUGCUCCAUUGUUGUGAUUGCCCAGCUUGAGGGUAGUUUUCUGGUGGCCGUUCCGCAGACGGCAUGGCAUCGAACAGCAGGGCGACGCUACUUGCCUCGCACUGCUCUCAGCAGGACCGUGCUAGCCGAAGUGUUGGCGGCGGCAGAGGACGACCCGACUGCCACUCGCCCUGGCCUCCGACUGAAGGUCUGGUUGGGCAUGCUGGACCCUGGACUCGAGGGCCAGGUGGACUACGCAGUCGAGGGCGUGCUCUCGCCGGAUGUGCCGUUCUCGGGCCUUGGCUCUCGUGCUUCGGAGCGCUUGGAUCCCUUCGGGCCCUCCCUGUCUGCGAUCGCUGCCGAGCACUUUGCUUUCCAGACCCCCGCGGAGGAAGCUGGGAUGGAGGGCGAGGCCGGUCUUCCAGAAGGGGAAGGUUCUUGGGAGCACCGCUUGACGAGCUUGGAGGCCGGUGUGCAGCGAGUACAAGCCAGCUUGGAGGCUUUACUGGAUGGCGUUCCCUUGAGCUCCCCCGCGGAGCCUCCUCCAGGCGCUGGUAUCGGGCCCCUCGCGUCUGGGGCUUCUGUGCCGAAAGCUGCCGGGUUGCCAUUGCUGGCCGGGCUCGAUCCCGUGGUCCUCGAAGCAGCCCGAAAGGCGGGCGUACCCGAGGAUCAGUUGGUGAGGAUGUCGCGCUUGGCUCAGAAGGGCGCCGCAUCCGGGGCAAAGGCCAAAGCCAAGGCGAAGCUGCCGCUAGCGCGGGAAGACCCUUUGGACGAGUCCGAGGACGAGGCCGAGUUGCUCCCGGUUGGAGGCGCUGGAAGCCUCGCUUCGGGGCGCGAUCCAGUCCACUUGGCGGUGGUUCAAAUUGGCCAGGUCCUCAAGCUUAUGCAGAAGGACCGGGAACGGAAGAACGACCUCGAGGACAUCUUGGAGAGGGCCGAGGGAGGCAGCGCGGAUGCAGCAGGCGGGAGCAGCUCAAGUGGUCGUUCGAAGACCGCCGCCUACCAGAAGCUUCGUGGCAUCCUUCGCUCAGCGCCAGAGCAGAUCUCGGCCUCUAUAGAGGGUCUGAUGAUGGACGACUUUGUUGGGGCCCAGACCGGACCUCACCAGGAGGAGAGACGGUUGUCAGUGCGAGGAUGGGUCGAACACCGGAGCCAUCUGCAAUCGUACGCCGGACCUAUCCGGCAAGCCUGGACCCUCGCUUCGAUCAUCGAUCUGCUGAACAGUGGGAACCCCGAACAAGCGAAAGCGGUUGCACUCUUGUCGGUUGCUGCUUUAGACCAAGCAGCUAUAGACAAUGGAAACUGGCUUCUCUCGAGCGAGUUCUCGAUGGAUAUGCAGCCGCCUUUCUCAAGCUUUCAGCGGCCCCGACAGCUCGAUCCUCUCGAGUCUCGACAGACUCGUGUGAUCGACCCAAGGUGGAUUUCGCUCUUCAUGGCCCGCAUUCGCGAGCGCGAGGCUUAUCAUACAGCCAAGCGCAGUCUCGGAGGCGGGGGAGGAGGAGGUCAGCCGCCGCCAUCGUCAGAAGCUACGCCGCCCGAGGUUCCUCCCAAGAAGCCGCCGAAGGGCGGAGGGAGGGGCGGAAAAGGCAAGGAGAAGGAAGGUCGCAGCAUGUCCUUCCGCCUCUCGGCGCUUCUUCUUGGAAGCCACGGCUUCGGCACCACGAUAGUACAGUUUGGUCUCGCCGGUCAACUUGCGGCACAGCUUGGGUUGAGCCCGAUUCCCCUAGGGGUCAUAGGCUGCGAGGCGAGCUCAGAACUCGAAGUCAGUUGCAAUCCCCUCGCCCCGGUACCUCCUGUGCCUCUCGGGCUUUCUUCUUCAGCGCCGCCUAAGGCCGACGUGCAUGCUUCCCAUCCUGGUCCGGAGACAACCUCUCCGGGCGUGAAUCCUUCGGAGCUUUGGGAUACGUUUUUCGACUGCGUGAGCAAGUCCUCCUGCAAGCUUUCUUCUUUCUUUCAUUCCAUCCGGCUUCGACCUCGCGCUGAGCGAGGGCCACCUUGCACCUCCGGUGCUACGAGAGGGCGUGGAGUGUGGCCCAUCCCUCUUCCUUACCCCGAGCUUCACGCUCCGCGAUCCGGCGGCAGAAGGGAUCCAGAGCAGCUCGGCGUCAACGCAGUUGUGUUGGUUCUGAACUUUCUGUUCUUGGGCGAGCCCGCCUCGCCGGCUCGCCAUUUGCGCCUAGGGCUGGGAGAGCAGCUCAAUGAGGCUCAGCUCAGGGCUGUGGAGUCUUUGAGCAUUGGUGUGUCAGCGUGGAAUGCGGCGGGGCCUUUUGCCCCCUCCGAUCUUGGACGAGCUGCGAAAUUUGAGGCCCUCAAUGACAUGUUGUUGGCGUGCCAGGGUGAAGCUGCUCAGGUUCGGUCUUCCCAUGGCCUCCUGUCGGAGGUUCUCUUCAGCUUUGCAGCUCCGUGCAACGUGCUGCCUGUUGAGCCUUCGAGGCUUAACUUUGUCGGCACUCCCAGCUUCGAUCCGACGAGAGCCUCCGUGCGAGCGGACAAGAGGCAAACAGCACAGCUUUUGCAACUUCUGGAUGACAGCGGACGUCUCCGCCUCUUCGCCGAUUCUGAGAUCCGGCCUAGGUUGCGGAACGGUUUGUUCAGUGUUGCUAAGGAUAGCUCCCGCGAUCGCAUGGUUUUAGAUGCCAGACCCCCUAAUCAAGCAGAGGAGACCGAAGCACGAUGGAUCCGUUCUUUAGGGACCCUCGAGCAAUUCCAGUUCAUCUACUUGCCGGAGGAUUCCAAUAUUGAAAUCCACACGGAAGAUUUGAAGGAAUUUUAUCAUAGCUUCAUUGUCGGGGAGCAGCGGGCCAUGCGGAACGCGCUCGCUCUAGAGCUGACCUUUGAAGACGUGUCCCACCUCAGGGCGUGCUCCCGAUCGCUCCGCGGGUGCAAGAUCAUCCCCAGCUUGAACACCAUGGCUAUGGGGGACCUUAAUGCAGUGCUUGUCGGUCCUCCUGCGAAGCGGUGUGCUUAA